UUAUCACAUAAAAAGUAGAAAUGAAUGUAAAUAGAUUGAACGAACUCAGACGAAGUGUAAUAAUCUGUAGAAAUUAUUGUUAUCAAUUGAACGAGGCACGUGUAGCCGAUUUCCCGAAGACCUACGAAACAGAAGGUGUGGAGGCGCAUUGGAAUAAAAUCUGGGAGAAUAACAAUUAUUUUUCCCCCAGGAAUGCCUCAGUCUCUUUCAGGAUGAUCCUCCCCCCGCCAAAUGUCACAGGAGUCCUCCACCUGGGGCACGCCCUGACGGUAACAAUUCAGGAUGUCCUGGCAAGAUGGCAGAGAAUGAGAGGAGAGUCUGUUCUCUGGGUUCCAGGGCUGGACCACGCUGGAAUAGCCACCCAGGCAGCUGUAGAAAAAUAUCUCUCCGCGACAAAAGGAAUCGCUAAAAAAGAUCUAGGAAGGGAUGAGUUCCUGGCAGCUGUUGAGGACUGGAGGAACACCAAAGGGCGUGCCAUCCUGAGCCAAUUGAAGAGUCUGGGAGCUAGUGUGGACUGGUCACGAGAAUUUUUCACAAUGAGCAAAGAGCACAAUGCAGCUGUCAUCGAGGCCUUCAUCACUCUGAGCAAUCGAGAUCUCUUGUACAGGAAGAAGGACCUGGUGAAUUGGUCACCAGCCCUCCAGAGUACAAUCUCAGACAUUGAGGUGGAGUUUCUCGAGAUUUCCAAGAGGACUGAGAUUUUCCUCCCAGGGUACAGCAAGAGGAUUUCCUUCGGGCAAAUGGCUGAGGUUGCUUUUGCAGUGAGAGACUCUCCUGAAGAGCUCGUUGUUGCCACGACACGAGUGGAGUCCAUGCUGGGAGAUGUAGCCCUGGCUGUCCACCCUGAGGACCCCAGGUACUCACAAUUCAUUGGAAAAGAAGUUUUCCAUCCACUGAGGGAAGUCUAUAUCCCAGUGGUUGCUGAUAUUUCAGUGAGACGUGACCUUGGCACUGGAGUCUUGAAGAUAACACCAGCACACGAUCGUACAGACCUUGAAAUCGGUAGGAGAAACGAUCUGGAGUUGAUAGAAGUGAUUAAUGAAGAUGGAACGAUGAAUGAAAAUGCGAAAGACUUCGAGGGUCUCCCCAGGUUUAUCGCACGUCAAAAAAUCCUAGAUUAUCUAUCGGAUAAAGGUUUUCUCCGAGGGCUGAACGAUCACCCAAUGAUCGUUCCCCUGUGCUCGAGGUCUGGGGACGUAGUGGAGCACCUGGUGAAGGAGCAAUGGUUCGUCAGAACUCGAAAAAUGGCGGACAGGGUUCUGGAGGCCACGAGGAGCAAUCAGCUGAGAAUAGAUCCGCAGAAGUUCGAGGAACUCUGGGUCCAGAGGCUGGAGAACACGAGGGACUGGUGUGUAUCUCGUCAACUCUGGUGGGGCCACAGGAUUCCAGCAUUCAGGUGUUCUAAUCUAUCAGAAAGCCACUGGAUUGUUGCUGGAACCUUGAGGGAGGCCGAGGAGAUAUCGAGAAAACGAUUUGGAAGUGAUUAUCAAGUCCACCAGGAUACGGAUGUCCUUGACACCUGGUUCUCAGCUGGUCUCCUUCCUCUGUCCGCCAUGGGCUGGCCCCUGGUGGAUCACAAGAGAUUGUAUCCUCUCAGUCUCAUGGAAACUGGUCACGACAUCUUGAUGUUCUGGGUCGCCAGGAUGGCCAUGCUCUGCACGGAAUUAACAGGGGAAUUACCCUUUCAGGAUGUUCUCCUUCAUGGGGUACUCUGUGAUGCCCAGGGGAAGAAGAUGUCCAAGAGUCUGGGGAAUGUGAUCAAUCCAGAGGAUGUGAUCAAUGGAAUCACUCUCGAGGGUUUAAAUGCCAAGGCCCAGGACAGCCACAAUUCUGGAAUAUUGAGCAAGAGUGAAUUUAAGAGAACGUUGUCUGUUAAUUCGAAGAUGUUCAGCAAUGGGAUACCCCAGUGUGGAGUCGACGCCCUCAGGUUCACUCUCUGCGCUCAUGACAUCAAGAGUGACCGAAUUAGUUUUAACGUCGUCGAGUGUAAGACUAAUAAACAUUUUUGCAAUAAAAUCUGGCAGGCCUGCAGGUACGUUCUCCUGGUGACUGAUGAUGGAGUUGCUGAGCCGAAAGUUCUCUCGACUGUCGAUCAGUGGAUCCUGAGCAGAAUGGAGCUGAUGGUUGAGAAGGUCAAUGAGAACCUCAGGGAGAGGAACUUCCAUAGGGCCAUUGCGGCUAUUAGGCAGUUCUUUUAUUAUGAAUUCUGUGAUUUUUAUAUCGAGGCCACGAAAUUUGGGGUGAAGAAUCGAGAGGAGACCGUCGAGGGGCAUAAAUACACUUUGGCCAAGUGCUUGGAGGUUUCUCUCAGGAUUCUGGCACCUGUGAUGCCGUAUUUGAGUGAAGAUCUUUAUCACAGACUCAGGAGGAAGCUUCCGGGGUUCUUGGAGGUGCCCUCCUUGAUGGAGGCACCUUAUCCCACCGUCGAGGAACACCACUGGAGAAAUGAAGAGCUCGAAGAGGAGUUCGAGGCGAUCCUGACGGUUGUCCUGAGGAUCAGGAAUAUUCUGAGCAAUGUCAGCCGGAAAAACGUCUCCGAGGUGCAUAUUGUACCGGAGAGUGAAGACGUUUAUCGGAUUUUUAAUGAGAACAUCCACUUCUUCAUCGCCACAACAAGACUUCCGAAUUUGAAAGUUGUUCACAAAAAUUGUUAUGUUAUUGAUAAUCAUAGCGUGUGCCAUGACGAAAAUUAUUGUAAAUUGUAUUUGAAGAUUAAUGAAGCGGGAGGUAUGACAGAGAAAAUCCAGAGUGUUUAAUAAAAUGUAUUUAUUUAUUUGAAGAAUAUUUCAUUCGA